AGGUUGUGUCUGUGUGAGAAGAAAAUCAUUUAACAAUGAAAAAAUUCACUCUCUUUGAUUUUAUAAAUGAUAAUUCACUGCAAAUUGGAGAGACUUCCUGGAUAGAGGACCUUCCCAGUGAUGAUAAGGAACUGGAAAGACUCCUGAAACCAAAUGAGCAUGUGCUAGUAAACUGGCCUGUGGGAGAGAGAAAGACAGAAAAGCACCUGGUGAAGGUUGUGUACAUGAGUGAUGACCCCCAAGAGCUGGUGGAAAUGAUGCAAAAGAUACUGCAAGCAGAUGAAAUUACAAAAAUACAAGUCCUUGGAAAAGGCAAGAGGAAGAAGAUAGAAAUGAUAUUCUCCGAAAGUGAAGACAGUGACCUGGAUCGAGAACAGGGGAAAAUGAUGAAGCCUAUAAAAAGGAAGAAAUCAUUACAGGCAUCUGCUUCUGCUAACAUCCUGAGUCAACUUGAAACAUCUUUAAUUAACAAACAGAGAGAACCAUAUUCAGGAAACAACUUUUUGUACAGUGAAAGCAGUGAGGAUGAAGAGCCUUUAUUUCAACUAUCGAAGGUGGAACUGUGUGCCAAAAUAAAAAGUCUGAAGAGGAAACUGGCAGACACUGUGAGAGAAAACUGCCGCCUGAGGCAGUCCCUGGUCAUGCUCCAAGUGUUGCCACAGGCAGUCAGCCACUUUGAGGAGCUGGUGGGCAUGGCGGAAGUCCUGCUCAAAGGGGGAGUGACCACAGCUGGGUCCAGCCUUCCCUCGCAUGCUGUUUGGAGAGCGUCUGGCAAUUCUUAUGCAGAUUCCUAUGCAACUAUGAACAGUAACUCCAGCUCACCCACAACUUUGAACAUGGAAGAUGAGGAGCAACAGAUGGAAAAACAGUUCAAGAUCGAGAAGUGGCAGAUCGCACUUUGUAACAAGAGCAAACCUCAAAAGUUUAUAAAUGACUUGAUGCAAGCACUUUAUACACAUGAAUAUAUGGCUACACACAGCCUGACAGGUGCAAAGUCCUCCUCUUCGAGGGAUAAAGCAGCAAAACCAGCUAUGAAUCAGAAUGAAGUUCAGGAAAUCAUAGGAAUCACAAAACAGUUGUUUCCAAACACAGAUGAUGCUUUAAUUAGAAGAAUGAUGGGACAAAAACUAAACAAUUGCACCAAGAAACCAAUUUUAAGCAAAGAUCUUAACUCAGGUGCUUUUCAGAAUCAUGGCUUCUGUGGUUCAACAGCCGCUCCUCAGGGCAUCCUGCCUUCGGCUCUCCCUCCCAGCACGCAGGACCAGCAGGAUGAUGAUUCACCAGCUGCUGAUGCCCAAAUGCAGCAAGGCCACAGCUGCUCGACUCCCCCAUCUCCCCCAACACGAGGGCCGCAGGAAUGUUUCUCAUCUGCUGCUUCCCACCUGGAGACUCAUCCCUUGAGAAGCUCAGCGUCCUCUCCCGCCCUGGACUGCGGACAGGAUCUCAGGAAUUCACACAAGGAGUAA